AUGUUACUCCAGGUAUCACCAGGCUACACUCAAGCUACACUGAAGUGUCGCUGAAGACGCCGUAAAAUAGGCCGCCGUCUGUCAGUGGACGGUUGAUUCUAUCUCCCGGACCGACGUCCGUAUUGUCCUCCCGUGAUGUCUUUGAACCACCGAACAUUCACCUGCAGCCUCCUCGGCACCGACCCGGGCUAUAUAUGUACGCUGUGUGCCCCCGAACACAUCCAAGCCCCUCGCGUUCACAUGGGAGACCCUGCGGCACUCGACACCGCGCUCAAACCGCGAGUCAUCGACCUCACCCAUCCGCUAGUGCCCAACGGGGUGCCUACCUGCCCGGGACACCCGAAGUACACCGCCGAGCACACGUUCAAGCUCGCCGAGGGCGCGUUCGCGAACGUGCACACGCUCACGAUCGGGACGCACACCGGGACGCACAUAGACGCGCCGUACCACUUCUACGAGGACGCAUGCUCCGUCGACCAACUCGACCUGUCGCUGCUCGCCGCGGCGCCCGCCAUCGUCGUCGACGUCCGCCACAAGGCUCCGCACGAAGCCAUCACCUGGGAUGACAUGCGGAAAUACGAGAGCGGGAUGCGCGAGGGUACGGCGGUGCUACUGUGCACGGGCUGGGCGUCCCGCGACCAUCCGUAUCUGGAGUUGGAGGCUGCGGAACGGAUUCUCGAGAAGGGAGUGCGGGUCAUCGGCGCGGAUACUAUCAGCCCCGAUGAAUGGCGGACCGAUGGAGGAGACACGGGAAUGGUGCACAGGGUCGUGUUGCGAGCCGGGGGAGUGAUUGUGGAGAACCUUCGUGGUUUGGGCGAAGUAGUUGAGAGUGGCUGGAGUCAUAUUCGCGUCUCCUUACUGCCUAUGAACCUUGCAGGUUGCGAUGGCAGUCCCAUUCGCGCCGUCGCUUGGGGAGAUUAGUCUGGGGUAUUGCAUCGGAUGGUACGGACAGUGUACAGCAGGACGCCUGUGUCGAGCAAAUUAUUGUUCACAUUCUGCUACUUAUCUGUGCACAUUCCUGUCUACUACUUACAUAGUAGUUGUGUCCAGCAAGUAAUAAAGCAGCUGCGGCAUACAUUAA